GCAUAAUGAAUUGAUUUAAUUAACAGGGGAAUCCGAGGGGUCUCUGGAAACUGCGCGCAUUUAUUCAGCAGCGGCAGAGGCGAGCGCGGCACACCAACUGGAAGCGAGGAGGAGAGGAGAGGCGAGGAGAGAGGCGGGCGGCGCGACUUCGCUUUUAGCAGUUGUCAGAUUUGCGAUUGGAUUUGUUUGAAUUUAGUUGCCGUUUCGGAGCAAAUGAGAAGGCGAGCGGGAGAGCAUUAACAGAGCGCAGCCGUUCAGUCUCAUCCGACCGUAUGUGUACUCUCUCUCUCUCUCUCUCUCUCACACACACACACGCACACGCACACACACGGUUUUAAACGUUUUUCAUUGUUUUUCGGCAUUUUUCCUCCUCCUCCUUCGCAUGGAAUUCAUCAAGGGCAACAAACGCUGUGCGAUUUAUUUGCGCUGCAGUUCAGCCCGGAGAGGGGCUCUCGUCGUGGUUAUGGCCGCAUUCCGUGUGUGAAUUAUUACUGGUAGAGCGGGAGAAGAGGCGCAGAGAGCGAUCCGUCAUUCUAAGGGCUGUUUUACUUAUUUUUCUUACAUUUUUGUUAUAUUUGGGGAGGCUUGCCGAGACGUGCAGCGUUUAGUCCGCCGCGCGUUUCGAAGCCGCUUCCAGGAGCCGCUGUGGAAGCUGUGAACAGACCGAGCCGUGCAGCCCUGCUGGAGCCGAGGACGGACCGCCCGGGGAAGGACUCCUCGUUCCUCAGGACGAUGGUGUUGGACAAGGAAGAGGGUGUGCCGAUGCUCUCUGUCCAGCCCAAGGGGAAACAGAAGGGGUGCGCUGGCUGCAAUCGCAAGAUUAAAGACCGCUACCUGCUCAAGGCCCUGGACAAAUACUGGCAUGAGGACUGUCUGAAAUGUGCCUGCUGCGACUGCCGCCUGGGGGAGGUGGGCUCCACCCUGUACACGAAAGCCAACCUCAUCCUCUGUCGCAGGGACUACCUGAGGCUCUUUGGUACGACGGGGAACUGUGCAGCCUGCAGUAAACUGAUCCCAGCCUUUGAAAUGGUGAUGAGAGCCAGAGAUAAUGUUUACCAUUUGGACUGUUUUGCCUGUCAGCUUUGUAACCAGAGGUUUUGCGUUGGGGAUAAGUUUUUCCUAAAAAACAACAUGAUUUUGUGUCAAAUGGACUAUGAGGAGGGCCAGCUGAACGGGAGCUUUGAGACGCAGGUUCAAUAGUGGGAACCCCACGGUGGCAACAAUCGGCUCUUCACUUUACACACGAUGGAUGUUCCGCUGCACUCGGAGAAGACAAGCGUCCGUCUGCUUGCCUGCAAUACUUUUUAAGACCCCUUUAUCGGCCCCCACAACCCAAGGACUCUAUUGUAAAUGUUCAUCUUUUUGCCCCUCCCACGCCCCAACACUGAGCAGUUACAAAUGUUGAUGUACAGUUGUGCCUGCUAAGCUGAGCACUGUAUUGCUUGUAUGUUGUGUGAAAUUUGUUUCAGGCUUUUGGUUUUUCUUUCAGAAAUGGUUCACUGGAGGGUAUGUACAGUCUGUUUUCCCUGUAUAUAUAAACUGGAACAUUUAUUUUAUGAAAUGUAAUGCAAUUUUAUUACUAGUGUGAAUUAAAGAUUCUUAAAUGUUCACAA